AUGGCACCGACGCAGCUCAGCAUUGUGCUGGAGCGCCUGCUCAACGAACUCGGGGUAGCCGACCUCAGUACGUUCGAGGCUGUGCUCAUGCACGAUACAGGCGCGGUGCUCGACGCGAUCCGAAGCACCGCUGCAGCCGCAGAGGCUGGUGCGGCGGCUUAUGCCAGCUCGGCCACGAGCAAUGUUGUUGUGUCCCCAGGCAGCACUGCUACCGCUGGCGUAAUCUCUGAGUUGGAAGAGAAGUUGCGGUCACAGACCAAGGAGCUCGCUUCUGAGCAGCGCUCUGCGAGCGCUGUGAAGAGGGCACUCGCGUCGGCGCGGGAUGAGCAUGCUGCGGCACAAGAGCUGAGGCGCUCCCACUGCGACAACCUGAGGAGAGCGCAGCAGGCUGCUAAACGCGACAUCAAAGCGGCCGAGCGGAUGGCCGACGAGGCAAAACACGCAGCUCGAGCUGAGUGUGAGUGGCGUAUCGGCGAGAUGCGGGCCAAGAUGCAGGAGCAGCUCGUCGCGCGGCAGAUUUCGAUGGAGGCAGAGGCGAGGCGCGCUGAUGGGUUGAUAAUCGCACUCGCAGAGGCGCAGCGCAAACGCGAACAUAGUGAUUGUUAA